CUCCGUACAACCCAAGGCCAGGCACGACGGGACUCUGCUGGAGCACAGGGGGGCUCCCCUCCUCGGGUGGAGAACCGCUGAGCUUGAGGCAAGACCCACGAAUUGUCGCAAACCCACGAAAAAACAGCAAAACCCCCCAAACCCAAAACGCAACCCCCGGCCGCCCGCUUGGUGCGGCUGCGGGCGCGGGUUCCGGCCCGGAGGGCCCCGGCGGCGCCCCGCAGCCGCAGCACGAUCGUUCCGCGGGGGAAGGGGAGCGGCGGGGACACGGCAGGGGCGGGGCGGGACCGGGACCGGGACCGGGACCGGCAGCGGGGCCGUGGAGAGCGGCGCCUCCGCCGCCAUGAUCUGCCUGGUGCUGGCCGUGUUCGCCAGCGUCCUGCACUGCGCCCGUCCCGGUGCCACGGAGCGCACCUUCGUGGCCAUCAAGCCGGAUGGAGUCCAGCGGCAGCUGGUCGGGGAGAUCAUCCGGCGGUUCGAGAGGAAGGGCUUCAGGCUGCUGGGGCUGAAGCUGCUGCAGGCCUCGGAGGAGCUGCUGAAGGAGCACUACGUCGCCCUGCGGGACCGGCCCUUCUACGGGCGGCUGGUGAAGUACAUGAGCUCCGGGCCCGUGGUCGCCAUGGUCUGGCAGGGCCUGGAUGUGGUCAAGAUGGCUCGUAUGAUGAUCGGGGAGACUAACCCAGCCGAAUCCCUGCCUGGCACCAUCCGAGGAGACUUCUGCAUUGAUGUUGGGAGGAGGGGUUUGCUUGGCGUUUGCUCCAGCACCCAGGACUGUCAGGCUGAGAAGAGGAAGGGAGGAGCCCUCUCGGUCUUCUCCCAGGGGAGCAGGGCACCCCGAGGGCACUCAGCUCUACCAGGCACCCGAGUCUGAACCCAAAGCCAAGCAGGAGUUUUGCAGGCGUGUUUUCAUCAUUGGAGAGUCACCAGUGGUGACCUCUGGUGGCUGUAGCUGAGCCUGGCCUGCGGUAGAUAAAGUUUUUGUCUCACCCUCGUGUUAGGUUCCUGCUCCCUGGUGUCUGAUACCAAACCUGCUUCACAGGACCUAUUCCCCCUGAAAGAAGGGGCAAAUCUGGAGGCAGAACUUCAAAACAAAGGUGAACCCCAGCUUGACAGCCACUUGCAGCACAUAAAUAAUUUAUUACAGAAGAGAGGACUGCUGGAAACUGGCAGCUCCUACACAUACGUGGCCUAACCCACCUCACGAGCAGCCACCGAGCUGGAAGGAGGAGGGCUGUGUGGUGGCAAGGAGCACUGCGUGACGUGACCGGCUCAGCAGGCUCGGUUAAAUUGGUCAGGGUGGAAUCUGCCCACCUGCAGCUCCCCUCCCCAGCCUCUCUCUGCGUGGUGCUGGCUGACCCCUUCCUCUUCCCGCACAGGAACGUGAUUCACGGCAGCGACUCGGUCGAGAGUGCCCGGCAGGAGAUCUCCCUCUGGUUCCGCCCCGAGGAGCUGAUGUGCUGGGAGGACGCGGCCGAGCACUGGAUCUACGAGUGAUGAGGGAGCCCGAGGGAAGCGUGGGUCUUCCUCGCUCGGGCACAGGACGUUUCCAUCCGUUUCAUUUAGGCCCUGGGGCUGACUGGGGGCUCUGCUGUGGUGUCACCGUGGGGGUUUCUCUUGUGUGUGUGUAGAGGGUUCCAGGAGCUGCUCUCUGACUGGAACUCAGUACUUCAGCUGACUGCAAUUGCAGCUAUUUCUUUUUUUUUUUUUUUCUCCCUCCCUCCCAUCUGCUGUAGUAAGUAGUUAGUGUAGCUGCUCCGCUUGCUAUGGCAUCCUAAAAUCCCAGGCUCGAGGUGAUUUACUGAUGGAAAGCAGAAGCUGGGCCCUGUUCCUGUCACUGUCUGGCGCAGGACGCAUGCUCCUGGCCACGGGGAGAGGCGCGCUGGUCACUGUGGGGCGGUGUGAUCCCUGUCCUCACCUGCAUCUGUGAGGUUCCUCACCAAAGGGUUUUAAAGAACCUGCUAUGGGCUAAGCGCAGGGGCUGGUGACCAAGGCUGACCCAGCUCGGUGACCCUCCUCACUUCACCUGUCCCCUGCCUGCAGGGCACAAGCGGCCUCUGGAAGAGGAAGAGGCUCCGAGGACUCAGCCAGGCUCCUGCUGUGAGUGUCUGGAGGCUUCCUGCGACAGCAGGACCUGCUGGAGGAGAACCUCAGAGCCACCCGUGUGAAUGUGUUCCUCUGUCCUGUGCUCCUGGGCCCCAUCUUUUCUCGCUGUUCCUUCUGAUUUUCACAGCACCGCUUGUUUCUUUACGCUCUGAGUCCCCCGAGCCUCCUGCCAGAGCGUAGGGGCAGGGACAGGGGUGGUGUGUUCUGCUGUGGAACAGCCGUGGUGGAACCUGAAGGAGCGAGGUUCCCGGGGCUUUGCUGCGUGUGGGCUGAGACGUUCUGAGCUCAGCUCUCCUCAGCUGCCCGACUGCAGCACGCAGCAUUUCCGGCAGAGCUCCUCCCGCCUUCAGGGCCUUCUCCAAGCAGUAGUUUGCAGCUCUAAACAUCUUGGAGAUUGUUUGUUCCCAUAAAUCAUCCAUUUUUUUUUUUAAAUAAUAAACUCUGGAGAAUCCCA